UCACCGCAAGGCAAAGAGCUUCAACCACUUGUCGGCCCAGUACAAGACCAGUCUGGGGAAAAAAAAGAAAGAAAAAAAAAAAUCACCCGCUGACAAAUGUGAAAAGGACAAGGGAAGGUUUAUUGUGGAUACUGUCGAGCUUGGAGUGGAGCUUUCCGGGAAAAGAAAACACAGCAAACUCUGCCUGGAUUAUUAGAAAACGUUUUAUUUGAACUGGUUUAUAAGGCUUCCGACCUUGCUUCGUGGCUGCUCUUUGCCAGUUAAAGGCUGAGUGUUCGCUCCAGAGUUACAGCACUGCACAGAGCUGGGAUUUUCCCAAAGCCAAAAGCUGAUCUCCAUCCACCAAUCUGGGGCUAAGGCGAACAGCUGAGCACAGUUGAGCGCUAACUAAAGCUCCCAGGCAGCUACUCUCCCCAAUCCCCUCUCUGCUACUGCUGAAAAAUUCCUAGGGAGCACAAGAUGAUCCUCCUUUGUGUUUUGAUGGUCUGCAUCACAUCGCCGGUGGCGGGUGUAGAGGAAAGGCAGGGGGACGAUGAGUGCGCGGACAUCAACAACACUACAUGGCGGGGCUACCGGCAGCAGAGACUCAAGCUGCAGGUCCAGUACCUGCUGCUGACGAGGGGAAACGUGGACUGUGCACAAACCUUCAACCAGGAGUCUCUCGCCAAGCAGCCCUCCUACUUCAACGCUUCCCGCCCGACCAAAGUCAUCGUCCACGGAUACAGAGCCCUGGGCAGCAAGCCGUCCUGGGUGAAGGAGCUGGCCGGGGCCCUGCUCAGGGCGCAGGAUGUGAACGUGCUGGUGGUGGACUGGGUCUACGGCGCCUCCUUCGCCUACAACCUGGUGGUGGAGAAUUACAAGGAGGUGGCCUUGCAGAUCUCUGUCCUCAUCAACCAGCUGCAGAAACACGGAUGCAAACUGGAGUCCUUCCACUUCAUCGGGAUCAGCCUCGGGGCGCACGUGGCUGGUUUUGUGGGGACUCUCUUUGAGGGGAAGAUAGGAAGAAUCACAGGCCUCGACCCUGCUGGACCCAUGUUUAAAGGAGCUGACACCUAUGACCGGCUGGACCCAUCUGACGCCCAGUUUGUCGAAGCCAUCCACACAGACUCCGACUAUUUUGGCAUCUCCAUCCCCGUGGGUCAUGUGGACUUCUUCCUGAACGGAGGGAAGGACCAGACUGGAUGUGCCCGCUCCAGGUUUGCCUCAAUUUUCGUCUACUUUCCAGUGUAUGGUUAUGUGAUAUGUGACCACAUGAGGGCUCUGCAUGUCUACAUGAGCACGUUGAAUGGCUCCUGCCUGUUAAAGGGGAUUCCAUGCUCCAGCUAUGAAGACUUCCUGAAGGGACACUGUGUGGACUGUGAUGUCUUCAGGGGGACAUGUCCAGCUAUAGGUUUAUCAGGAAACAGUGGGAUAGCCAUAUCUCCCAUUCCCAAAGAGCAGAAGCUAUUCCUUCUCACGACUUCUUCGCCACCUUUUUGUGUUCAUCACAUCCUGCUGAAGCUGGAGGUUUCUCCCCUGGGUAAAAGCGCCGAGGUGGAAGUGACGCUGAGGACCGAGGACCUGGGAACGGAGCAGAGGCUCAGGCUCCAGACGUCCACGACAGUGUACAGGAUGGUGUUGGCUCACCCCGUGGCUCUGUGUGAGAUCGACUCCAUCAAGCUGAAGAACACCGGCGCUCGGUUCUACAGACAGGGAGACAUCCACUUCAACUCCGUCUGUCUGUCUGAGUUCCCCUCUCUCAGGCGAGAGGAGCCGCUGUGCGUGAACAACAUCAAUAUCAGACGAGGAGCUCCGUGGUCUCAUGACUUUGUACAGGUGUGCGACUUCUUCUGAAGAAAGAAGAGAGAGAUCUGCUCAAAAGGAAACCGACCCCCCCCCGAGCACCUGCACUGACGUCACCCAUGGGGACUAACAUGAAGUCGGUUUCACUUGUUUGAUUUUAAGAGUAAAAUCUCUGUGAUUGGAGCCAAAGAACCAUAUUUUAUUCUGGAUUCACUUUACUACUGUCAAAAUGCAGUCUAGUCAUAUUGUUGUUUGGUUAAUCCGCUGAUUUUACAACAACACGACUUUCAUGGUCAUGAAACAGUGAAAAAAGAAGUGACUCACAUUUUCAUUUCUUAUCGCCAAAGUCUUGUUUUGGGUUAUCUAAGUUUGCCUCUUAGCUUAUUCCUCUCUCUGAAAAGCGUUUAAAGCAUGAAUCCUGUUCCUAUGAUGUGGUUUUGCACCCGGGGCCUAACUUAAUCUGCCUAAUCUGCCCCAGGAGACCAGACUCUGUUGUAUUUUUAGGGAUUUUAGCAAUAAACAGAGAAAGUAACUGGGGACUGUGCUUUGGCUUUCCCUGUCGAUAUUUGGAUGUUUAAUCUUUUCCUACAAAAAAAGGGAAAAAAAUUAAACUGAACGGAAUUGUAAGAAUCAAUGUGUGUAGCGUGCUGUGAUCAAAGAUUUGGGUGGGUGAUUUCCUCAGUAGCUACUGUUACAUAAAUCCAUUAUGAAACUAGAGUGGCACUCAGUAUAGCGCAUACCUCAAUAAAGCCACAAAAAAAAACCAAAACAAUCUUAAAAAAAACAAAUGUGCUUUUGGACCUACCGGCAAUGUGACACAAAACACUCUUGAUGCAUUGGUAGGAGCUGAAUGUCCAUGAGAAAUUAGUUCCCAAAAAAGUCAAGGCAAACUGCUAGGCACAAGGUACGAAGAGCCU